AAAUAUACGUGGGAGAAACAAACAAGAAAUUUCCAUGAAUCUUCUUGAAAUACCGUCCUCAGACUAAAACCAUCAUCUUCCCCAUUUCAUAUUCAGCCGCCGUACCAAAAAAGACUUCCGCCCUCCGACUUAUUUUCGUCGCCAAAAAAAUUAAUUAGUUCAAGAAAAAAAAACUGUUCCUUUUUUCUUGAUUUAUUUAGUAAGCUAAUUUUUUUUUGUAAUUUGAAUUUUAUAUGAUUAAUAAUUACUAGUUUUCAAGUUCAGAGAGAGAUGGAGAAGAAGCAAGGGUUCAGCGUUCUCGGCAUGAUCAAGAAAGUUGCUUGUAUAGAUGGAUCUUCGCCGGAUAGUGGGAAAGGGAAGAGUGAAUAUAAGUCUUCGUCGAAUACGAAUAAGGUCUGCCAUGGAUUCCACUUGGUUGAAGGUAAAUCAGGUCAUGACAUGGAGGAUUACCAUUUCGCAGAGUAUCGAAAAAAGAAGGGUCAUGUUCUCGGUUUGUUUGCCAUUUUCGAUGGCCACUUAGGCGAUCGCGUACCCAGUUAUUUAAAGGAUAACCUCUUCAACAACAUACUUGAUGAGCCUAAUUUUUGGGAGGAUCCGAAGGCUGCUAUAAAGAACGCUUACCGUUCGACCGACAAACUUAUACUAGAAAACUCCCUGCAAUUGGGGCCAGGUGGCUCGACUGCAGUAACUGCAAUUGUUAUAGAUGGAAAAGAUUUAUGGGUGGCAAAUAUUGGAGAUUCGAGGGCUGUGAUUUGCAGGAACGGAGUUCCAGAACAGCUUUCCGUUGACCACGAGCCACACGUUGAGAGGCGGAGGAUCGAGAAGCAGGGUGGUUUCGUGACCACUCUUCCCGGAGACGUCCCUCGUGUAAACGGCCAGCUCGCCGUCGCACGUGCGUUUGGAGACGAAAACCUUAAAGCACAUUUGAGUUCGGAGCCUGAUGUAUGUAACGUACGCAUUGACUCGAAUACGCAGUUUGUUAUAUUAGCAAGUGAUGGUUUAUGGAAGGUGAUGAAUAAUCAAGAAGCAGUGGAUAUGGUAAAACACGUAAAGGACCCUCAAGCAGCGGCUAAGCGUUUAACCGCAGAGGCUUUGGCAAGAAAAAGUAAAGAUGAUAUUUCGUGCAUUGUCAUACGCUUCGGAUGAUGUCAUGAUGAUGUCAGACUGGUACUAAAGAAUUUCGAAAAGAAAAAAAAAAAAACGCGCCCUCAGCUUUUUGGAUUGCUCUUUUUUUAAAUAAUUUGGUUUGUGGGUAAGAUUAAAAUGUGACGUUGUUGCGUUUUUGGUGUUUAUUGGGAGUAGAUUAUUUAUUAUAUAUAUAUGUUACGUUGUUUUUAGAUAGGGAAAAACUCGUGUGCGAUGGAGUUUCUUGAGUUAGACAAUGUGAGUGGUGGCACAUUUUCUGUGCCCGACUUUGGAUUAAGUUUUUAUUUGAUGUAUAUAAUGGUGCGAAUAAUUAAAACCGGGAACAGCUUAUUCAGUUAUGUAUUGGUUCCAUAAUUGUACUAUUUUGAGACUGAGUUGUGAGUAUAUAUAUGUAUAUAUAUACAUACAUCCUUGAGUGUAAAAUAGCAAUUGAAUCUU